GUUAUAUAUAGGCCUUCUGACUGAGAGGGAGUGCCUCCUCAUCUGUGUUGUCAAGACGUACGGUUGUCGGAGGCCAUGAGUAGCUGCUGGGGUGACAGUCUCCAAAACCCGUUGAUGUGGAACACCUAAAAUGGGGACAGGACUUUCUGCCAUGCUGCAAGCUCAGCUCUAAUCACCGUGAAGACGUCCUUCCGCUCACCUUUCUCUCUACCUACUUCGAUUUGGCCUGCUUGCGCCUGACCUGCAGCCCUCUCUGAUUUGAAACCGCUACUCGCCGCCUUCCUCCCUGCAACUCCUUUCUUUUCCGUCUUUUCUACUGAGGCAACCUCAAACACUCUUUAUCCAAACUAUGGCCAGCAGACUCCGUUUUUCCUCCCUGCCUCCCUCCCUGUGUCUGUCCCUCCUGCUUCCUGCACUGUUGCUCCUCCGCCUGCCUGGCGAGGUGAAAGGGGACUGCUGGCUGAUAGAGGGGGAUAAAGGCUACGUUUGGCUGGCUAUCUGCAGUCAGAACCAGCCUCCAUACGAGACCAUCCCCCAGCACAUCAACAGCACGGUUCACGACCUGAGGCUGAAUGAGAACAAACUGAAGGCUGUGCUCUUUAUCUCCAUGUAUCGCUUCACAAACCUCACUGACCUCAAUCUAACCAAGAAUGAGAUCAGCUACAUCGAGGACGGGGCCUUUGCUGGACAGGCUAACCUACAGGUUCUCCAGUUGGGCUACAACAAGCUGACCAACCUGACUGAGGGCAUGUUAAGAGGCCUGGGUCGAAUGCAGUGCCUCUUCUUGCAACACAAUCUCAUUGAGGUUAUUGCCACCAACGCCUUCUGGGAGUGCCCCAGCCUCAGCAGCCUGGACUUAUCUUCCAAUAAAUUGGCGCGUCUCGACCCGUCUACCUUCACGGUCCUCAACAGGCUGAUGGUAUGUGAACUAGCAGGAAACCCGUUCCACUGUGGCUGUGAACUCUACAGCUUUCUCUCCUGGCUGGAGGCAUUUAACAAUGUCACCCACACCUAUGACCGCCUCCAGUGCGAAACCCCUGCGGAAAUGAACGGUUAUCCACUCCUGAGCCCGCUGCCCGGACACGGACGAAAUGCCCUCUACAAACUUGUAUCCAAGUGUCACGAAGGUGCGAUAGGGAUGACCUCCCAGAUACCAGAUCAAGAUCAAGGCUCAGGGAUGGGUUUUGACAACCCAGACCAAGGUCUUUACCACCAGCCAACCAUAUCGUCCACUGCUGACCCCACCUAUAACCAUCAGAUUUCUAUGAAGCUUCAAACUGUCUCCCUCUACACCGCUUCGCUAAUGGUGCAAAUCCCACGACCGUACAGUAAGAUGUACAUACUUUCCCAGUACAAUCUCACUUUUGUUGCAGACAUUAUGCCCCUUAAAAACAAGAAGGAGAUCAUCCCUUUGGACAAGCUGAAACCGCACACCAACUACACCUUUUGUGUGGCGUCUAUGAGCAAAUCUCAACGCUACAACCACACCUGUCUGUCCUUUACCACACGAGCCAUGGGGCCAGAGGACCAGCGAACGAAUCAAUCCACAACUACCCACUACAUCAUGACUAUCCUGGGAUGUCUGUUUGGCAUGGUCAUUGUGCUUGGAUUCGUCUAUUACUGUCUCAGACGGCGACGUAUCCAGGAAGAGAAGGAGAAAGCUAUAAGCGUGAAGAAAACUAUUUUGGAGAUGAGGUAUGGCCCAGAGGCAGCUGCGGCAGUGACCAAUGACCCAGGUGCCAUGCAGCGUCUCCAGGAGCAGGCACACCACCCGCACCAUCAUUCAGGAGGGUCAGGAGGCAAGCUGCCCCACUCUGCCUCCUCUAGCACAGGCAUGCUCCACGGCUCAGCCAACACCAGUUCUUCCCGUCUCUCCACCUUGCCGCAGGUAGAAAAAAUGGCCACUGCCUUCUCUGAGGCAAUGGGCAGCAAGGGCAACUAUAUGGAUGUGAGGACGGCGGGAGUGACAGGGGAAGGCAGGGAGGGAGGGGUGGCAGCUGGAGGAGUAGGCGUAGGAGGGGAAGUAGUUGUGGAUAUGCGAGGUGGGGCUGAGAAUGGGACGGAGGCUGGGGAGGAUUCGGAUGACGAUGGCCGUGGCUCAGCAUCAGAGAUCUCCACCAUCGCCAAGGAGGUGGACAAGGUGAACCAGAUCAUCAACAACUGCAUUGAUGCCCUGAAGCUGGAUGCCUCUGCUAAUGUUGUGACCACAGCUGACAAUGCUAACUCUGUGUCCUCCUCCCAGCCUCCAGCUUGCAUCACGUCCCUCCCCCGCAACCUCCUGCCCCUCUCUCCAGGCCACCCCGGAGAUCAGAUCAUGGCCUCCUCUCCAAAGUUGCAUCAGCCGCCUCAUCCACCCUCUAUGGCCCCAGUGCCCCUGGUCAUGCCCCUGUCUGAGCGGCCGGGUAUCAGCGGUGGGGGGUUCCUCUCCCCUCCUUACCGUGACCCACCCCCAGCCAAUGCAGUGCGGCCCCUUCAGAGACAGUUGAGCGCUGACACUGCUGUGGUGAAGAACCGUUGUGGGGCCCCUCCUGUGGGAUCUGUCAAGAGCACCAGGGUGUUCAGUGUGGAUAUCCCUGAGCAGCGUAGUGAUCCUCCCAAGUACCCAACAGAAAAGAGCAGCCCUGUGGGUUGUGCUGGAGGGGGUGGAAGUGGAGGAGGUGGUGGAAUAGGGGGCUGCAAUGGGAAUGGAAUGGGAAACAUAAAUGGUGGCGGGGUGAGCUUGAAUGGGAGUGGGAUGGGAUGUAAUAAUGGGAGUGGAGGUGGAGUGGUUGGUCCUGGACAGCAACAGCACCACUUGGAGGUUCAGCCAGACUACCAUAGCUCUGAGCACCGCCACUCCUUUCCUGCACUCUACUAUGAGGGCGGCAACGAAUCCCCUUCACCAGCCCAAAAGGCCUCAUUCCUCAAGCCACUGGGGCGCACUAAGAGGGAUGCCACAGCCGCCUACUCCCAGCUCUCACCUUCUCGUCACCACAACUACAACUCUGGCUACUCCUCCAGUCCAGAGUAUUCAUCUGAGAGCACACUGCGGAUCUGGGAGCGAUUCCGGCCUUACAAGAAAAGCCCCAGAGAGGAAGCAUCCUAUAUAGCGGCAGGACAUGCCCUGCGUAAGAAGGUGCAGUUUGCCAAGGACGAGGACCUUCACGACAUUUUGGACUACUGGAAGGGAGUUUCUGCCCAGCAGAAGCUGUGAGAUGAAGAAGCAAAGUCAGAUUCCAUAAGGGAGAUUGAAAAGUUGGAGGCCAACAGCAGACUAAUGAAGGGAAUAGAUGUUAAUGUAGCAAGAGGAUGACGUGUCCGAUGACAUGGAUCACAUGGAUCUGCAGGAUCCAGAGUUAAAGAGGUUUUCUCUCUGGGUGAUUUUUCUGGAAUUGGUUCUCUGAUAAUUCAUUGACAUUUUAAGAGGUUGUUUCUGAUGUUGGCUGUUUUCACCACAAUACAGAGUGAUAAUUAACAAGAAUCAAGCUGUUCACCAGACUGCCUCAUACUGGGCACUUUGGUCCUCACAGGCUUCUAUAGACCCGCUGAAUCCCCACUAAUGAGCAAAGCAAAGGUGGUGAUAAGCAAGUGUCUUCUACCUCAUUACUGGCACACUGUAGCUCAGCUAUCUCACCAGAAGCAGCCCCAUUCAUGACUUAAGCCCCGUCCCUCUUU